AUGUCUCAGCCCGACAAUCAAUCGCAAGAGGAGCGCGAGCUCGCUAACCGCCUCGCCGGCAUCAUCGAGAACGCCAACCAACGCGUCGGUCCCAUCAUCAAGAACAUCCGCUCGAACAUCGAGCAGUUUAAGGCGAAGAAGGAGGACGACCGCGACGAGCAGAAGCUCAUCGACAGCACUAAGCCUCUCAUUCAGCAGGCGGAGAAGGAGCUGAACGAGGCCAACGGCGCGAUCAAAGGCGCGGACCCGGACAAUCGCCUGAGCAAUCAGGCCACGCGUAAUUAUGAAGCGCACGACGCCACGCAAGAGGAGCAGCGGCUUGCGGAUGCGCUCGGCACUCUGGUCAAGGAUGUCGGAGGUACGAUCGAGUGGGCGAAAAACGAGAUCAACAGUCUUCCCAAGGCGAAGAAGGACCUCGGGCCGCUGCUCGAUGCGCUUGGCCAGCCGUUGACGCAGAUCGUGGGCGGUGUCGGAAUGCUGGUCGCAGGCGUGCUCAAUCUGCUCGGAAACAUUCUCUCCGGGCUUGGUCUUGACGGCCUCCUCAAAGGUAUCAUCGGCGCCACGGGCCUUGACAAGAUCUACAAGGGUCUUGGUCUCGACAAAUGGCUGAAGCUCGGCUCCUGA